AAAAAUAGACAGCCAGGGUAGAGGCUAAACAUUAUAUAAAAAUAUCAAAGGAUUCACAAAUCGAAAUAGUUUUAAUUGCUUUCUUAUUGUGGGAAUGAAAGAUAGUUUUGAUAUAUAAUUGCUGAAAGUGAGUAACUUUAACUUGUGGAUCGGUGGCGCUGACGUAAGACGUGAACUGUUUCGAAUGAUUCAGUCCGAUUUAGGACAGUUCGACCAUGGUUCACUAAAAAGAACCGGUUCAAAAGAACGGUUCGUUUACGCAUAGUGUCGUUUACGAACCAGCCAUCACUAAAGCCUCCAUUUUUUCUUGACACAAACUCCGACGUCUCGGUUCAAAUCAAAUGUCACAUCACUAACGGCAAGUAAUUACAUGGUUAUUGAAACAUUCUCAAAGAACGCUAAUCCGCCUGUAUCCGUGUUUGCAAGUAAUGUUGUUUGCUGGAGGAAAGCACGAGAGCUACGUUCAUGAAAGAGCCUAUUUAUUGAGCUUCAGUUAGCUUUAAAAUAGUAAUAAAAAAAUAUUCCUUCUGAAUAAAAAUCUAAAUUUCAAACCUGUGAUUUGUUAGUGUGGCUGCCUGCUGUUGUUGACAAGAGAGUUUUUCGCUUAACUCUUUACCCUACAAAUGAGUUUCGUUUCCUGAGAAGGACACACCGAGGAUUUAAACUCAACUUCUCACACGCAGUCCAGCAGUUCGAGCGUCCCAGCUGCGUUGACUUAAGAUGGAUCACAUUCACUGUAUACUGAUUGCAACUGGUGUAGGAGCAGCAGUUGGAGUUGGAGUCGUUGUAGCAGUUCCUAUUAUUAUAGCAUGUUUAGGUUUCACCGCACAUGGAAUUGCUAGAGGUUCAGUUGCCUCCUCUAUGAUGUCAUAUUCUGCCAUAUCGAAUGGAGGAGGGGUCAGAUCUGGAGGCUUGGUAGCUACUCUUCAAUCCAUAGGUACCGCUGGAAUCUGUAUUUUAGUUGUGGUUGUUAUAGGCGCCAUAGGAGGCACUGUGGCUGGAGCUGUAAUUGGGACACGUACAUGCAAAGCAGGAGACGCAGGGAAUGCAACUGCAAUCAUCCCGGUCACAGGCCAAGGCAUGGUGGGAGAUGCUGUGAGCGCCACAGUUGCUGGCUUAAUUUCCAACUACACUGUGUAACGGGAUCACUGUGGCCCUUAACAGUCUGAUAGAUUUCUAUUCUUGAAAUCAAACAUAUCAUUUAACUAAUGCAUAUAAACAUAAGCACUUACUGUGCUAGUAAUAAUACAAAUAAUCACUUUCUCUUCUGUAAUCUAUUUUAUACUUCAAAAUGUACAUUGUAUGAUUUUUAUUUGCUCUUAUGAUAAAUUACUUGUGAUGUGAUGUUUUUAUAAAUGGAUCUAAACAAGUAAAUUAUUAAAGAAAACUGUUUAAAUUAAACUAUAAUUAGAAUUAAAAACUAUUCUUAUAAAGCCA